AUGCAUCGGGUUGGUUUGCUGACGUUGGUGCUAGCUGGCACCACCAUCGUGCGCAAUUUCCACCACCAUCGCACUUUCCCUUCUAUGUUCCCACUGAGAACAUAUUCCACUUGCCGAUGUAGUCUGUAGUAGUCUGCGGAUAUGGUUAACUGUGGCUCGUAGCAUUAUGUAGAAGUACGACACUGAAGGCCGAUUUGAAGCUAAUAACACUAUUUUGUGUCCGUGUGAGCGUAUCACCGAAAAAAAUGACUCGCACAGUGCCAUCGAAUUUUUAGGGAUUAAUGAAAUUGAAAAAACGGAAGAGUCUGUGCGCGCAGUGCGUGAAUAUGCCCGCCAAGGUCUCAAAGAAGGUCGUGGGCAUGAUCGGGUCAUGCCCCCUGGGGCAAAAGGUGGAGCAGAGGGCCUGGGCCCUUCCUGUUCUGAAAUUCACAACAGUCAAGAACAUGCUAUUGCUAUACUCACACCUCCUCUUACAUUUGCUCAGCAAUGCUACAGACAUCUUAAGAGUUCCGGUAUAGGAGAGGCAAGUGUGUACCAUGCUCUGGUUGUAAUAUUUUUGGAAUUUUUUGCAUGGGGUUUAUUAACCAUGCCUGUUAUCUCUGUAUUAAAUAGUACAUUUCCAAAUCACACGUUCCUGAUGAAUGGUUUGAUAAUGGGCAUUAAAGGAAUCUUGUCAUUUCUUUCGGCACCAUUAAUUGGUGCUUUGUCUGAUGUGUGGGGUCGAAAAUUCUUUCUACUUAUCACAGUAGCCUUCACAUGUGCGCCGAUUCCUCUAAUGAGCAUUAAUACAUGGUGGUUCUUUGCUAUGAUCUCCAUCAGUGGUGUCUUUGCUUGCACAUUUUCAGUGGUGUUUGCAUAUGUUGCUGAUGUUACCGAAGAACAUCAAAGGUCUCCAGCAUAUGGUUUGGUGUCAGCAACUUUUGCUGCAAGUAUGGUAAUAAGUCCAGCAUUGGGAGAUUACAUUAUGAAAGUGUAUGGAGAAAAUCUUGUGGUUGCAUUAGCAACAGCUAUUGCAGUGUUGGAUGUGUUUUUUAUAUUAGUGGCUGUACCUGAAAGUUUGCCUGAAAAAGCUCGUCCACCAGCACCUAUUUCUUGGGAGCAGGCAGACCCCUUUGCUUAUCUUGGAAAGGUUGGCAAAGAUCAUACUAUUUUAAUGUUGUGUAUUACUGUGUUCCUGAGCUAUCUUCCUGAAGCAGGACAGUAUAGUUGUAUAUUUGUCUAUUUGACUAAAGUUAUGGGAUUUACUGCUCUAAUGGUAGCAUUUUUUAUUGCCGUGGUGGGAAUUUUAAGUGUCGGCGCUCAAACUCUGUUGGGUGUUUUGAUAAAGACACUUGGCAGUAAACACACUAUAAUGUUAGGCCUUUUAUUUGAGAUGUUACAACUCAUGAUGAUGUGGGCAGCUGGAGUACUUGCUGCUGUGUCAAGUAUUACAUAUCCUGCAAUUUCCGCGUUCAUAUCCAUGCAUUCUGAUGCUGAUAAGCAAGGUUUGGUACAAGGCAUGGUAACCGGAAUGCGUGGAUUAUGUAAUGGUCUAGGGCCUGCAAUGUUUGGAGUAAUUUUUUAUCUCUUUCGUGUUGAUCUCAACGACAAUUCUCCUUCUCUUCCUGCAAAACCAUCUCCAUUAGAUGAAAAUAAUAAAACAGGAACUGCCACGCAACAUCUUGAUAUUAUGCCACAAAUAGUAACCCAGCUUGUACCAGGACCACCAUUUGUGUUUGGUGCAUUACUUGUGAUAUGCGCAUUACUAGUAGCUGCAUUUAUACCCGAAUCAAACACAAUGCCAACUGGUCCAUUACAUCAUCCAUCCACCUCCCGGAGGCCCUCCGGCUUAUCCCUGGAUGUACAUUAUGAGGGAGACAAAUUGGGAAGCGGGAAAGGUAAAAUAGGACCGCUGUCACCUCUAGUCGACAAUUGCAACUCUGCUGCUCUAUAG